AUGCCAAACCCGGGACAACCGCCCGAGCCCCGAGCGGCUGCACGGGGCGGGAGGGUAACGGCGAAGUUCCAGCGCCGCGGGCCGCGCUCCCUUUCUCCCUUCUUCCCUUCCCAGGCUGAACUAGCGCUGCCCCCACCCGAGACACUCCCGAGUGGUGCCCGCCAGGACCCAGCCGGGCUCGCCGGGCCCAGACCCACCGUGCCAGGGGAGCGGCGAAGGUCACACUCGGGAACGGGGACGGGUCCGCUGCCGCCGCGGGGCGCGCCGGGAAAGGACGCGCGGCGGGCGGGGGCGGCAGCGCCCCCUACGGCCGUGGAGGACCGGAGCGGCCUCACACCGCGGCGGUGCCAGCCCCGCUGCCCUCGGAUUCACGGAAUAGGUCAGGCGGGAAGGGACCGCAGCGAACACCUGGAACAACCUCCCUGA